GCCGGGUCGGGCGCCCCAUCUGGGCCUGGGCGUGACCUCGCCCCGGAGGGUCCUCCCGCCGGCCCCGGGCCGCGAUCGGGCCGAGAUCGGACCCGUCCGUGUGAAGCCCUGACGGGUCCUGCCGGCCCUCGGCCUGCCCGGGGCGGGAGAGCGGAGCGCCUCUGCGGGACGCGGCCGGGAGGCGGGGGGAGCUUCCUGGAACGGGUUAGAAGAGCGUGUUUGUUGAAAGCGAAGGAUAAAACAUCCGGUGUAAAGGUUCUGUCACUCGAGCAGCAGCAGCACGGCAGCCCUGCUGGCCCUGCUGAGGCACAGCUUUUCUUCGUUGAGAACGGGCUGUACGAGAGGCUUGCUUUCCCUGGAUGCUCACCGCAGAUGUAGGCAGGGAUUUCUCCUGUUCAGCAGCUACAAUUUUACAGCAAUAGACUUUUCUUCAUUCUGAGAGAUUUCUGAUGGCAGAACUGCUAAUCAGUUUCACAUGUUCUUAAUCUGCUAACUGUGCUCGUCUCCUUUUACAAAGAUAUCCACACUUCUUAUCUCUUCGGUUAUGUUUUCAGUGAGCAAGUAAGCAGUCACUGAGCUUCUGAGGAAGCCAGUCCCACUGAAAUGGUUGCGAUCUCCAAAAACAGCCUGUGAGGAAGAAAGAGAAUGUUUUGUGUUGUGUUCAGCUGACACCAAGAGUGAAAGAGCAACUGGUUGUGGUUGCGCUUACUAGGUGCAGACAGCUCCUACUGUGAGCACACAGGAAGCACAACAUUGCAGAAAUUCAGAAAGAUGUGGAAUAUCGACUGCCAUUCACUGUAAACAACUUGACAAUUAAUAUUAACAUCUUGCUUCCACCUCAGUUUCCUCAGGAAAAACCAGUCAUCAGUGUUUUCCCACCCGUGAGACAUCAUCUAAUGGACAAGCAGGGAGUAUAUGUGACUGGUCCAUUAAUAAACAAUUUUACAAUGCACUCGGAUCUUGGAAAAAUUAUUCAAAGUUUACUGGAUGAGUUUUGGAAAAAUCCACCAGUUCUGGCUCCUAGUUCAACAUCAUUUCCAUACCUUUACAGCAAACCAGCUGGAAUGCCUCCAUACGCUCCUCAGGGGUUUCCAUUUCUUCCUCCAUACCCGCCUCAAGAAACAAAUAGAACAAUGGCACCCGUGCCUGCUUCUGAAUCAGUUUCUUCAAGCUACACUACAGAAAAGCCUGCUGCUCCCUCUUAUGGCUUGAUUGCUGAUCUGCCACUACCUGUUCCAACAGCAGAAAUAGUGCUUCAGGUUGGCCAGAACGGAUUUACUUACAAGAUGCCUGAUGUUCCUGAUACCUUUCCAGAACUUUUGGAACUGAGUAUAUCAGAGCUGACCAAUAUGAAUGAAAAAGAGGAAGUGUUACUCGAACAGUUUGUGAAUCUACCACAACUGAAGCAAGUCAUUACUGACAGAGAUGAGUUAGUGAAAAGCAUUGAAGAGCUGGCAAAAAAAAAUUUGUUGCUGGAGCCCAGUCUAGAGGCAAAAAGACAGACAGUGUUGGAUAAAUAUGAGCAACUUGCACAGAUGAAAGCAGCCUUUGAAAAAAAGAUGCAAAGACAGCAUGAACUUAGUGAGAGUUGCAGUCCAAGCGCUCUGCAAGCCAGACUUAAAGUAGCUGCUCAUGAAGCUGAAGAGGAAUCUGACACUAUUGCAGAAGACUUCUUGGAAGGCAAAACAGAAAUAGAUGACUUUCUUAGUAGCUUCAUGGAAAAGAGAACGCUCUGCCACUGUAGACGAGCCAAAGAAGAAAAACUUCAACAGGCAAUAGCAAUGCACAGCCAAUUUCAUGCUCCGCUAUAGGUUUCCUGCAAACUGCAUCUGCCAACAGAAGAGUGAAAAACCCAGUAAAGCACAUUUUUUAAUAACUAUUAUUUGCAAAUAGGCAUUUCAUCUUAUGUGGUUGUAUUUAUAGAAGAGAUUGUAUACAGAGCUGGGACUGUUUUUGUACAAAUUAGAAUGUCUCUUUAUAUUCUCAUUGUACUCAAGAAUCCUUCUAUUGCAAACUUUGCACUAAUUUCUUGUAUUUAUUGUUGAUAGUUCUUAUUAUAUUUAAGUUCCUGCUGCUAUACCCCAUUCUUCAAAGAUUAAAUAUCUAAAUAUGUAAUUUUGACUAGCUUUUUACAUUUUUAUAAAAGCAUAAUUCAUAUCUUUUGUAUUUUGAAAUUUAAAUGGAUUUGGCUUGAUCUGUGGAAGAGUUUGAAAUAAAUGGUGAUAGAGCUUUGGAAACUGAAAAAGGUCGUAAUUGGAGAUAGUAAAUUCACAAGCUGUCUUUUCUUGAAGCCAAAUGUUUAAGAACAAUUUUUGUUACUUUUAAGUGAUAACACAAAACUAAUUAUAGCCUGUACUCUGAUUUGGAUAAGCAGAUCUGGAUUAAGCAAAGGUUGUGUUGGAACAAACUAUAUUGGAAACAAAAUGGAAUGAAUGAUCUCUGUGUAGAUUUGAUAUGUUGCUCAAUAGCACCGAUGCACUUGAUUUCAGGUGUGGCCUGGUACCUAGCACUGUAAUUAAACACAAUUUCAUCUAACAAUUUCAUUUUCACGUUUGUUUUUACUUACUGAGAAACAAGUCAGAUUACCUUCUAGUUUGUGUUUCAUGCAAUGCGACUGUGUGUGAAGAACUCAAAGACACUACAAAAUUUAAUUCUGAAUUUCUUUUGAAGUUGCAGUUACCCUCUUAUUUUUAAGCAAGAAAGGAACUGAUCUGGCUACAGUUAGGUUGUGUGUUGUCUUAAGGCCAAUGAUAAACUUGUAAGUGAGCCUUACGUCUGCCCUUUAAUCACUGAAUCUUGUCUCAGGUUAGACAACUUGUUUGUUUCUUUUUUUAGUGUAAGCAUAUAUUAGAUGAGAAUGGCUAGGAGUAAAUGCAGUAUUCUGUAGGACAAAAAUACAACCCCCAAGCACAUGCAUGUAUAUUCUCUCUUGCUCUUGAAAAAAGGCAAGAUCUUGUUCUUGUCAGUGAAUUAAAUUUUUGUGGAGAUGAUGAAGUUUCAGAAGAACAGAAGUACUGUUCUUGAAGAGAAAUAUGGUAAAAAACUGAAUAAGUAAUUUGUCAGGGAGCCUGCUUCUUCCUUAUCAGGAAACAGUUUGGAAACAACCCUCUUAACUAAGACAUUGUUCUAUUUUACCUAGGUAGUGCCACAAAGCAUCACAGAUUCAAGUCUUAUUCUAAAGCAGGUCAUAGAGUCAUUAAGGUUGGAAGGUUGGUUCGGGAGAGUACUUUUCUGUAUCACUAUCAGUCCUAAACUCAAUACUGGCAAAAUGGGACAGGAUAUUUCUUUGGAACUGGAGAAAAAUGAAUAAAUUUGAAGUUAAGAAAAAUCAACAAGCUUAAUUGCAAGAAUUCAGUACCACAGGCUAGUGAAUCUUCAAAUGGGACAUUAAUAUCAGUCCUGUUGUACUUCACAGUAUUGUCGUUGUCUGUCUUAAGCUACUGCCUUUCAUGGCAAAUAUAUUACUGCUGUUUGAUGAGGUGGUGGUUGUUUUUUGUAAAGCUGGCCCAAAUUCUGAGAUUGGCUAUCCCAAGAAAAAUACAACUGUGGUCCAAAUCAAAAAAGAUACAUAGGUGCCUGAAGAAAAAAUUAAUUGUAAGUGCCACUGAUUAAGCAAUAAUGUACAGAAUAUCUUAAAAGAUAAAUUCCACUGACUGUGCAUAAUAGUGCUUUUUAUAUUGGUAUAGUACUUCUGCUAAUUUGAUAACUAAAGUCCUAAUUCAACACAAGCUUGCAUGAAAGGUUUUCAGGAGGCUCUGGACACAGUAACGUGAUUUCUGCAGCUCUCCCUCAGUUAGACAACUGUUUUCCUUGCACAUUUUAUAAUCCUAUGGAAUUGCUGCCUUCUGUUAAAUGUUACAUAAUAUGGUGCUCUUCUGUAGUGAGUGAACUCUCCAGCCAGGUCACUUUCAGAGAAUUUGCUUCUCAAACUAGUAAGAGUUUUCCACGCUUGAGCCUUUUCUCUUAGGUUAGUUGUGUUUUCCAGGAGAUCACACUUAGAAAUGUAGGGUUUCCCCAGAGUCCUUCUGAUGGUAGUGAAGGAGAAUCUAAAAUGUCAGUGUUCCAUGCAAGUUCUUCAUACAGUGUUUCUUUUCCAGGGAUGUGGAAAUCUGAAGUUGUUUUCUCCCUUUUUAUUUUCUCUCUCAUAGUGUUGUUUCUAUUUUUAAGAUUUUAUUUUUUUUAAGCAUUUAACACCCUGAAUCCAUCAAUGGUAUACUUAGUCAAUUACAGAUAUCCUGUAAAAUAAAAUAGGAAUGGCCAGCCUGCUUCUGGCUCUUACAGGAUAUGCCAGUCUGCUGCUGUCUUUGUCAGUGUUGUUGCUUUUUAUUUUCUUUUGUUGUUCUUUUAGUUCAAUACUAGUUGUGCCAAUGCAAACACUUUUCCUUAAAGCUAGCCUUCUUAAUGUCACCAGAACACAUAAUAAAACACCAAUUAUUACUCUGUCAGAGGUAACUGGCAUGUAGCAUGCUGAUAGUUCAUAGUGAAGCACAUUCCUUACCUUAUUUUGCAGAAAUGUGAGGUAUAUUUGUAAAUCGAACUUUAAGCACUUCCCUAUGAAGUGUAAGAGGAUUGAAACUACUGUUAGAUGCAUACCCUACAAUCUCUUGAAAUGUGUUCAGCAGUCUGGAGUAAUAGCUUGCAUCCAGUGACCUGUUUCUGAAGACCUUCCCCUGUGUCACAUCUGUAGUGAGGUGUUUGCCAAAUGGAAGAGUGAAAUAACUGAGUAAGAAGUGUGAAAGUAAGGAGGUGACUUUGGUGUUUUUGGUGUUGCAGUAGUUUGGGGUGGGAUCGAUAGCCCAUUCUGUUUUGUAACUGCUAAUUGAGCCUGGUUGUGCCUGCUAGAGUAUCUGAUCUCACUACAAAAUGUUUUCCUGUUUUUUAUUUUUCUGUAGUUGAUUUUAGUCCUCUUGGCAAGAGACUACUUAAAUCCAGAAGUGAUUGCUCCAUAUAGCAAUUGUAACUCGAUGGUAUUGCAGACCAGAGAAAUUUAAAAUAAGUCUGAAAUCAAUUAGGUUUCCUUUUAGGGGGAAAUUGCAUACAACUGCUGUUAGUGAUACAUUCUAUUGGGAAUUAUAGAAGAAAGCUUUCCUAGCUUAUUUUACAUGCUAAACCCUUCUGAAAGACAGGGACUGUCAAAUAUGUACAGCUAUGCUAACCAAUGCUACAAGCAAAAGACUGUAUAAAUUAGUUCUAAGUAAUAUCUAAUCUUUAACUGUCUUUUUUGCUCUGUACAUACUGCUGCAGCUUUGCCACUUUGAACCUUGUUUCUGACUGAGUUCUUAUUACUCUCACUGAAGACUAGGAAUGGUCUCUUAAGAGGAGAAAGCUGAAAUAAAACACAGGCAACACAGUUAAAGUUAGCUAUUACAGCCUUAUUGUAUACAUUACUCUGAAUAAUAAAUACUGUACUGUGUUAAACUUACAAAUAAAGGCUUUGGGAUUUUUGACAAAUUUGGUAAUUGUCUUAAAUUAUGGAUAGAGUUGUGCAUUUCAGAUGUUGGCUGGAAACCAGUGGUGCAGAAACUACUCAAAAAGGCAAAUUUCCAUUCUUUGUAUGCAGUGUUUUGAGCUUUUCCUGUUUAACUCUUUGAACUGCAGUAAUUCCUGGAGCCUUCUUCAUUAAAAUGGGUUUUGAAAACCCAUAUUGCAGUUCUAGUUCAAGCUUUUUUACAUGUUUUGGCUUGGUCAGAUAGCUCUAGAGAUCAAAUAUAGUAAUAAGCUACAAAGAAAGCCUGCGUACCAGUAAUAAGUGAGUACUGUAACACAGUAAGAAAGGAACUGAAAUUUUCAGUCAUUGAGAACAGGGCAUUGUUCAGAAUACUUCGCAACCCAUAGACUUAAAAACAAGUCCUUGCUUCAGUUCAGUCACUGGUUUUAGUGAACUAAUAAAGUCUAGUUAGAUUCUUUUACAGAAUGCUUUAUAUUAGAAAACCACUAAACUUUAAAACAGUAUUAUUUGCUGGCUUCUGGUGCCUUAUUGGUACCAGUCUAAAUAACGUAAGUUAAAUGCUUAUUUUAAUAUUCUUUUCUAUCUCCCAGUUCUCUGGCAAUGCUUCUGGCUUUUCUCAAUACAGGCUUGCUGUACUCCAGUUGAAAUCCUUAUCUUUUAGGCAAAGGCCACCUCUUUGUUAUUGCUCUUUUAAUUAUUGUAUUAUUUGUAUUGCCAAACAUCUAUGCUACAUAAACUUACUGUAACUUCCAAGAAUGUAGUUCGCCCCCUCACUUAAUUUUAUGAAGAGUUUUCCUCCUUGUUCAUUGCUUUUGGCAAGAUCCUUCUUCUCUAGGCUGCCCUCUCCAACUUUUUUCAUUUUAUUUCUCAACUUCUCAGAAUCAAUUACCAAUUUACUACCUUUGUUGUUGUUGUGUUGAAGCAGCUGGUCAAUACUUUUUCAUUUGGUUCUUCAGCCAGAGAUCAUUUAUUUGAUUCACUGUUUGAUCCUGUUAAUGUCAGUGUCCUUUAGAUACAUAUUUUCCUACUAAAGAACACCAUGAAAUGAGGCUAAAAUUACACUGCAGAAACCUAUAAUGCUCUUCUAAUCCCUUCUUCCCAGCUGUUUGUUAUGCUCAUGUGUGUCCUAUUACAAAUUACGGAGGACUUAUGCCAAAUUUGGAAAAAUUUGCAACAGAGGGAGGAUCCCUGCAAGGCUCCAAAAAAAUAAAGUUGUUCAUAGAGUGGUUUUCACAUCCUUUGUAUUCUGCAUUCCCUAGAAAAAUUUAAAAAAACAGAUUCCCAUGUAAUAAACUCAAGUCAAUUGAUAGCAGCUUAAACAACUUGAUUCAAGUGUGAAGAAGAAAAAGCUACCUUAAUUUCAUCCAGGAUUAUGAAGUAACCAUCUGUCCAUGACCUACAUAUUUAUUUGGAAUUGUUUCUCAGCACUAAUAAUGUCACAAAUACAUAACAUUGCAAUGAAAACAAUAGUAAGUAAUGCAAAAUUCAAGGAUUCAAAGACACAUCACAGCAGACUGCUAAGCAGAAACUUCAUUUAAAAUGUUAGUAUGUCAAUAUUUCAGUGUAAAGCUAGUUACAAGAAAUUGCAUAAGCAACAUAAAGAUAGUACUUUGAGUUUGCAUAUAUUCCUGUUCUGCGUUUGUUUCUAGGCACAUCUAAUACAAUACAAUACAAUACCAUGAUAUACAAUUCUACAUUUUAAAGAUGUGAAAUAAUAUCACCCACUCUCAAACUCAUUUUUAGGAAGAAUAGUUGUACAUAUUUUGUUUUCAAUGCUGACUUCACAGCAUGUUUCUUUACUUUGAGAAAACCCAUUCAAAACUUCUUUUAAUACCGUACAUUUGACAGGCUACGUUCAAAAUAUGAAACAUUUUUAAAAGUACAAUUAAAAUCAGGAUAUUCGUUUAAUAAAAAGCCAUGGAGAUUAAAAACCAGAAGGCUGAAGAUUUUCAGCAGCAUGUAAUUUAUCAUAGCCCUAUUUUUAAUUGAGUGACAGUGAUUUAUCAAACUGAGGCUUGGCCUUCCCAGCACAGCAGUAAGAUAAAUCUCGCUGUUAAGAACUGAAUUAUUUGUUCAAAGACAGUAACUUCCUUAGGAUAUUAAUAAUACUGAAUUUUAGCUACUCAUUUUUAAUAAGAAGUUCUUAGAACAAAAUGAAAAGACAUCCCACAAAAGCAACUGGACUAAUAAAAUCUAAAAUUCUAAAUUGAGGUAUAUUUAUAUAAUUCAGCCUGUAAAUCUGUACUUCAAGGAGAAAUACAAAGUGCAAUCAAAGUAAACUUACAUUACUAUCAUGCUUUGCUUUACUGGAGCUCAAUACCACAUCAUUGCCUCCAAGCCAGUAAGAGCAGACACAAGAAUUAUAUUUUUAAUUCCUUCCUAUUAAGGAGGGAAG